AUGAAAACUGUUCAUGUCCUUGUAGUUUUUGUUCUCUUGGCUUUGGCUUCUCCACCAGCCUUUGCCCCAGACCCUGCCCCUCUUCAGGACUUCUGUGUAGCAAUCAAAAACACUGUAGAUGGCGUGUUUGUGAAUGGGAAGUUCUGCAAGGACCCAAGUCAUGUAACUGCAAAUGACUUCUUCUUUCAAGGGCUUAACAUACCAAGACCCACGAACAAUCAAGUUGGUUCAACUGUCACCCUUAUAGAUGUUGAGCAAAUCCUAGGACUUAACACUCUUGGUGUAGCCUUAGCUCGACUUGAUUACGCACCAAACGGUGGUGAAAACCCACCACACACUCACCCUCGAGCCACUGAGCUCCUCCUAGUCCUGAAAGGCACUCUUUUUGUUGGAUUUGUCACAUCAAACCCCAACAACACACUUUUCUCAAAGGUUCUCAACAGUGGAGAUUUAUUUGUCUUCCCAGAAGGCUUGAUUCAUUUCCAAGUGAAUAUAGGCAAAACGAAUGCAGUUGCUAUUGCUUCUUUUGGCAGCCAGAACCCUGGUGUCAUUACAGUAGCAAAUGCAGUCUUUGGAUCAAAUCCACCCAUUAAUCCUUUUGCUCUGGCGAAGGCAUUCCAGCUAAACCCAAAUGUGGUGAAAAAUCUUCAAGCAAAGUUCAGGAAUAACAGUUAAGUAUGCAGCAAGAUAAAAAAAAUUAAGGAGUCAUAAAGUAGUUGACUGUGAUCUGUAUUAAUGAAAUUUUCUUUAUCAUGGUUUGCCCAGAAAUAAAGAGGCUGCUACCUGCUGAGGGUUCAGUUC